AAAUGUAACUGUUUACCUGUCGUCUUGCAAAGCCUGUGCCAUGGAUCUGGGUGAUGCCAAUCUUCGCACUGUUCGCAUACUGGGCCAAGGCACCUUUGGACGUGUCUUCUUGUGCCUGCAGCGCGAGGGUCGCAAUGACCGAAAAGUUUGCGUGAAGCGCAUUAUUAUGCGCAAUCCGAAGAGUGAGCUGGCCCUAAUCAAGGAGGAGAUCUACAUCAUCUCACAGCUGCGGCAUCCGCAUAUCGUGCAAUUCAUACGCUACUUCAUGCACUCCGGCACGGUUAACAUUGUGAUGGAGUAUGCGUCAAACGGCACCAUGCGCGAUGUCAUCCAACGGACUAGCCAAAAUGCAAAUGGGUUGCUGGACAAAGCGCGGCUGCUGCGUUUCUUUAGUGACAUGAUCCUGGGCCUGGAAUAUCUGCACAUACGCCACGUAAUACAUCGCGACAUCAAGCCGGAGAACAUGCUGCUCGAUGCGAACGAUCGCGUCAAGUACGCCGACUUUGGCAUAUCCAAUGUACAUGCGCCGGACAAGCAGCAGCCGUGGCAGGUGCUCGGCACACCACUAUACAUGGCGCCAGAGAUAAUGUGUGGCGCCAAAUGUGACUUUAAGUCGGACAUCUGGUCGCUGGGCCUGGUGCUCUACGAGCUGUGCAUCGGUCGCAAUCCCUUUCAAGCGCUGCUCCGGCCGACCGAUCCCUUUGGCCAGGUGCGCAGUGUUGUCAAGGCCAUGGCUCAGCCCAGACUGGACUGUCAGGUGAUGCGGCGACGCUACGAACCCAUUUGGGCGCGUCUCUGUGAAUCGAUGGUUGUCUACAAGCCGGAGCAACGCAUUUGCCUGCCCGACCUGAUCUGCAUCGAUCCCUACAUCACGCAAAGCAUCUACGGGCGCUACUUCAAGUAUGACUAUUAGUCAGAAAUAAUUAUUAGUUGUAAGUUGUGAACCCCUCCCUGGCUUCUCAUCUCUUGUAAUUUGUAAUAUUAAUUAUAAGCAUUGUUAGCAUUGCCCGCCUUGUUCCCCAUAAGACUAUGACUAUUUGUGAUUAAUACUAUAAUUGUUAGAUUGUCAGCUGUUUCAUGUGAUCCUAAACAUUGUUAGCUUUAUUUCUAGUUAUAUUAUACAUGAUGUAAGCCAUAAAUUGUUAAUGUCGUCUAACUA